GUUGGCAGAUACUUACACUACAAUUUUGUCGGUUGUGUUCUCAACGAUGUUUUCGGCAUUCAAGCUCGAGGCGGCUGCGCAUGCGCUGGACCGUAUGGGGAGGCUCUUCUCGGCCUCGGUGGCGUCAACGGCGAGCGGUUCGAAAUGACAGCAU